AUGUUUUCUUUCUUUUUGAAUAUUAAAGGAGGGACAAUAGACAUCACUGUUCAUGAAGUAUUGAGAAACAGGAAUCUUAAAGAACUUCACAAAGCAAGUGGUGGAGCAUGGGGUGGGACUAAGGUUGAUGAAGCUUUCAAAGCCUUCCUGUCAGAGAUAAUAGGUCAGAAAGGGGUAGAAAAAUUCAAAAAAGAUUGCAAGGAAGAUUACAUAGACCUGUUUCGAGAUUUUGAAACCAAAAAGAGAGAUAUAGCUCCAAGAAAGACUGAAAAAAUCACUUUGAAGAUUCCAAUUACACUUGUUGAAAAAGCAAACGAAACAAGUGGUAGAACUAUGGAAGAGUGUAUUGCAAGUUCAAUGUAUAGAGAAAAAUUAGUCCUAUUUAAAGACAAAAUUAGGAUAGAAGCUGAUGUUAUGAAAGGUUUCUUCGACAUUCCACUUCGGAGUAUACUCAAUCAUGUGCAAACACUUCUGGCAGAACCAAAAGUUAAAGAUUGCUCGGCAAUUGUUAUGGUUGGUGGGUUUUCUGAGUCUCCAAUGCUGCAGGAACAUAUUCAAGAUCACAUUCCAGACAUGAAAAUCAUCAUUCCAGACGAGGCUGGGUUAGCUGUUUUAAAAGGAGCUGUUAUAUUUGGUCACAACCCGACAACUAUUGCUGAGAGAGUUUGUAAAUUUACUUACGGCGAAAAAAUGUCUCAUCUGACCACGAAUGACUGCACUCAUCCGAAAUUACACACAGAAAUUGACGAUAACGGCGAGAUGAGAUGCUUUGAUAAUUUUAGGAUUCAUGUUAAGAUAGGUCAGUCUGUUAAACUUGGUGAAGAGCAAGAAGAACUACUUUCAUCACCUAUUUAUGACACUCAAACAGCAAUUGAUAAGCAGAUAUAUAUUUCUACUAACCCAAAUCCUGUUUUUGUCACUGAUCAAGGUUGCAGCAAAAUUGGUUCGUUCAGCGUUCCAAUUCCCGACACGUCAUUAGGCAAAUUAAGAGAAUUUGGAACAACAUUUCUUUUUGGAGGUACAGAGAUUGAAGUAAAAGUUGUUGACAAAGCAACUGAUGAAGUAACAACAAAAUCUGUUGAUUUUCUUGGUGGAAUUUGA